GCACAAGUUGUCCCCAUGAAAACCCUUUGGUCUCACCCUUCAAAGUCUGAUGAGUGAUGACGCUUUGGCCUUAUUCAAGGGGAAACAGUGAACAUGGCUUACAUGCCCCACAUGGCCACAUACUAUUACUGUCUCAACAUUCAACACCAAAGCUUUUAUUUUUACAAAAAGCACAGCCAUCACCUCCUUCCAAAGUCCAAAGUCACCCCUUAGAUUUCUUACCUUCUUUUCCAUCUCUACUUUUUUUUUAUCUUAUUUUUGAAACAUUUACUAUUAUCAUAUUAAGUAUAAACUCCAUUAAAGAUAAGAUUUUUACCUACUUUUUACCAUGUAAACUCGGCCCUUUUUUUAUUAUUAUUUCUAGUGAAUUAUGAAGGAUUAAUCUCACCAGUAAUCUGGUGGGUUUACCAUCUUUGGCUUCUACUGUAUGUAUAAAUAUGAAUGGUGGAUGGAAGUGAUGCAUACUAUACAGAAUCGUGAUCCACGAGUUCUUUUGAACUGAGUAGUGAAGAGAGAUGGAUUGGUUUUCGUGGCUUUCCAAAACUGGGCUUGAGCCAUCUCUGGUGUACGAGUAUGGCCUUACUUUUGCUCACAACGAGCUUGAAGAAGAUGACAUGUUUUACUUCAACCAUGAGUUUCUCCAAAGCAUGGGCAUCUCCAUAGCAAAGCACAGACUAGAGAUCCUGAAGCACGCUAGAAAAGAGAAGGGAAAGAGCCCACGCGCGGUGGCAAAGCUCGUGGUGGCAAUCAAGCGGACAAAGAGGAACUUGGCUAACUAUGUGAGGACGCUGAUGCACAAAGAAGAAUCAUCAUCGGCACUUGUUGUGGUGCCACCACCAAGGUCUAGUAAUGGUUUAGGGACACGGUGGAAGAUUGCUACGAUGAAAAGGAGAAAAAAGUUGGUGGUGGCCAAGCAAGAGCCACUCUUUCUAACAAAUGGAAGUCCCACAGUGGUUCCAGCUCAUCCUGUUCUUGAUGGUUUUUCCAGUCCUGUGGUGUAUCAUUUCCAGAAGGAUAAGAUGGAUGGUGAUGAUGAUGGAGAUGGGUACUGGUCUGCUGCUGUUGAAGAGAUCAAGUGGGAUACCAUGUUUCAGGAUCUAAAGCCUAACUGAAGUUUUCUCUUUUCUUUAGAGAGUUGACUUGAAGGUUCUUUCCCUGAGAGAUUUGAGUGUUUUGCUUCUUCCAGAUCAGGGUAAGUUUUGCACCCUGUCUGUUCUAUAGUGUUCAGCUACUCUCUUUUUCUUGUACUGUUAUAUAUGUUCAUGUCCUUUAGAUUUGGUAGGGGAAAAGAUGCAUCCGUUUGAGUCACCUUGAGCAGAGAAAUAUUGAGGUAGAAAUUUAGCUAGGUUGUUAUACAGCAAGAAGUAUAUAACUUGUAUUUUGAAUCAUAAGCAGUUGGGCAUUAGUCUGCCUGACUUUACUUUAGGCACUGUAUUACUCUAAUGAUGAAAUCAAAUUCAGGACUCAUAUAUCUAAUUUCUUUAGUAA